GUGACGUGACAGGCGUUUCUUCAACCAGUUCAGGCAUUUCUUUAUCGUUUUGAGUUUGAACUCUGCACGGCUGAUGAACAUCAGAACCGCUGGUUGCAGUCAACUACAGCUCUAGAAGCGCUGGAGAUCGACCGCACUGUUUGUGGUCAGUAGGUGUUUCUUUCCUGGACCGUGACGAGGAAGGGAGAGGAGAGAGGAAGGAGAGUGAGCGCCGCUUGUGAUCUCUGCUAUGACCCGGCAAAGAUGACUGCACGCAUCGCACGAUCGGCCAGCGAAGGCACUGGAGCUGGGCGAGCACCGGUCUACCUAUAUUUCCCUUCUGCUUCACUUCUUCUUCUGGUCUGUACAUGCUUGAUCCCACUGGUGGUGACUGCUUCUUCUACCUUCCAGAAAGAUCCCAGCGCAGCCUCAGUGAACGGGCCGCUCUGUCCGCGCAUUUUCAGCCCGUCACUGGCACACUCCUUCCCGGGAUGUCCGGCGCAGGGCCAGUGCAGCGAGAACAGCACCUGCCGCGGCUCAACGGUGUGCUGCAGCAGCUUUCGCCUGACUGGCAACAGCACGCAGCCGGGAGGCUGCGUGGGCCUGGGCUGCGUGUGUCGCAAUCUCACAGCACUGUGUCCUACACUGAACUGUGGUGGUAAGCGACAGAAGAUCGACAGCUCUGGAUGUAGCAUAUGUGAGUGUGAAACUGCCACAUUGCCCGGCUCGUCCAGCACUGCCGUGCCGUCAAUAUCCACAACAGGUGGCUGGAUAACAGGUGGCCAAACGUCGGGCAGUGUGAAGUUUGCGCUGAUCGGCAACACAAAUGCGUCAGAGGAGAUUGCGAAGAAUAGAUCACGGUUUGAUCGAGCUUUGAGCGAGCAACUCACGUACCAGUUCAACUUGACUUUUUUUGGCAAGCUAGAGAAUUUAACGGUGGAGUUUCUGUGCUGUACAGCGGAGGGUAACAGCUACCUGCCGGUCUAUUUCGACCUGGCCUGCGCGUCACCACUGCUUUUCCAGCUCUACUCCGAUAGAAUACUAACAGCGGCGCACAGCAAGCGGAUCUCUUUCAUCUUUCGAACCGAUGAUGGCGGGCAAUGGCAACUGACGUCCGGAUAUCUCAUCUCGGAUUCGACUCCAACUCCGCCAAUGAAGGUCACCACAACGGCAAGCGUCAGCCAAGAGCGUAGUAUCAUCAUCUACGCGUGCUCUGGCGUUGGUGGAAUUCUAGUCGUUAUCAUUAUCGUCAUGGUCAUCGUUCUGUGCAAGCGCUCUAAGUCAGGAGGUGUAGAGUUCUACGAGGAUCCGGCGCCCGGCGUACGUUUUGAUCCGUCGUCGGGCGUCCUCGAUCAGACUAUCAACACGGCGUACCCGGCCCAGGGAAAAUCAAGCCGGGAGCCGCAGCUCGUCUUCGAUCAGCCGCUCUACGAGGCGAAUCGUGACACUGAGAACCUGGUGGCGAGGCAGUGAGCUAAGCCAGCCUGGUUUGUUGAACUCUUUAAUUAAAACUAUGUGGACUUGCAUACCGGCAGUGGAUACUCCUUGGCCCUGGAUGCUGUUGUGAGAUGUAUGUUUCAGAUGUAUGUUAUCAUAUUUAACAAGCAGUUGUGAAAUGCUUCAAGCCCUAUGUCGUAAAAUUUAUUACAGAUACUGUGCCUAUGCGCCGGUGGCUUGUGCCAGCCUCCACACCGGAGACCAAUGGCAGAUGCAAUGCUUUGAUAAGAUUGUUACUUUUCACAAUUAAUGGUUUAUGAUGAAUAUAAUUAUAAUAAUUAUUGCA